UGAGAUUUAUAAAAUCUUGAAUGGUAGAGAGAGCCCCCCCCCCCCGCCGCUUCUUACUAGAGCUCAUGUCACCCUGGGCUGAGCAGUAGAGGCAGGAGAAAAUACUUCUUCUCACACAACAUAUAAUUAAUGCAUGGAACUGCCACUGUCCACUGGCUUAGAAGACUUUCAAGGGAAAUUAGGCAAAACCAGGAAGGAUGUGCCUUAGAUGGCUAUUAGCCACGCUAGCUAAAAGGCACCUGUGUGUGUUCAAAAGCAGUAUGCCCCUGGGCACUCGUUUCUGGAGGGCAACAGUAGGGGGAGGUGUUUACUUUCAUCUGGCUGGCCACAGUGGGAAUCUGAAUGGUAGACUAGAUGGAUCUUUGAUCUGAUCCAGGAGUUCUGACCAGUUUCCUGUCUCCGUUAUGGGAACACCUCAUGGGGGUGGGGUGUGUGGAAUUGGCCAGAGUAAGGAGGGAUAGGUGAUGAGAUUACCCAAGCAGGCAUAAGACAUAGGGGUCAUUAUGGACCAAUAUAGCAUCCUAGGCCGCAUUGGAGAAGGGGCUCAUGGCAUUGUAUUCAAAGCCAAGAACAUAGAGACUGGGGAAACAGUUGCCCUGAAGAAAGUGGCUCUCCGCAAGUUGGAGGAUGGGAUCCCCAACCAAGCCCUCCGGGAAAUCAAAGCCCUGCAGGAGAUUGAGGAAAAUCAACAUGUGGUGAAGCUGAAGGAUGUCUUCCCGCAUGGCACAGGGUUUGUGCUGGUGUUUGAGUACAUGCUGUCUGACCUGUCGGAGGUGAUUCGCAACUCUGAACAGCCACUCACAGAGGCCCAAGUGAAAGGCUACAUGCUGAUGCUCCUCAAGGGUGUGGCCUUCUGUCAUGCCAACUCCAUCAUGCACCGGGAUCUGAAGCCAGCCAACCUGUUGAUCAGCUCCACAGGGCAGCUGAAAAUUGCUGACUUUGGUCUGGCCAGGGUAUUCACUAGUGACGGAGGGAGGCUAUAUAGCCACCAAGUAGCUACCAGAUGGUAUCGGGCUCCUGAACUCCUUUAUGGUGCUCGGAAAUAUGAUGAAGGUGUGGAUCUAUGGGCUGUGGGCUGCAUCUUUGCAGAGCUUCUCAACAACUCCCCGCUCUUCCCUGGAGAGAACGAUAUUGAGCAGCUGUGCUGUGUCCUCCGGGUUCUUGGGACGCCUAACCAGAAGAUCUGGCCGGUUGGUCUAGCAGUGGAGAUCACGGAGCUGCCCGAUUACAACAAGAUCUCCUUCAAAGAAAAGCUGCCCAUUCCUCUGGAGCAAGUGGUCCCUGACGCCUCUCCGCAAGCUGUGCAGCUCUUGAAACAGUUCCUGGUCUAUCCUUCCAAGCAGCGUAUUCAAGCAGCACAGGCACUGCUGCACCCCUAUUUCUUCACGCCACCGCUCCCUGCCCACCAUUCAGAGCUGCCUAUCCCUCAGCGUGGGGGCAAAAAAGCCCGCCAGGGACCCCAGCACCAGCGUGACUUUCAUGUGGAGCAGCCGCUGGAAGAGUCUGUCGUGGACCUGGAGCUUGUGGCACCGUAUGUGAUCAACAUCUGAUAUGAGGGGGAGCUUGCCAUCUGACCGGGGGUGCUUUCAGUGGAGCCCCAACUCUUCUGCUGUCUCAGGUCAGAAAGGCUACCAGAUUGGAGCAUGGGAUACCAACAGUGCCUCUUUUGCCCUCUAGGGGUGCCAUCUCUUGGGGUAGCCAUUUUGAUGGGCUGGUAGCUAGGUGUGUUGUAUUUUCCAUGGCAGAAAGUACCAUUUAGACCAGCAUCUCCUUCCACUUCAGCACUGUGGACAGAGGAAGCUACUCCCGCCCAAAGUCUCUUUUUACACCACUCUGAAAUGCACUGUCCAGUGGGAAUUUGACAAAGUGCUCUGCGAGUCAGCCCUCUCGAUUCUGCUUUUUGCCCACUGACAACACAAGGAAGGAGGCCAAAGGUUUGAUGGAGAGCACAUUCCUUGUCCCUCGGAUGCAAGGUGUGCAAACCUUUGUCUUAAGGGAAUGCCCGGGCGGUUGCUUUCAUCAACUUCUUCCCCUGUUCUUUUGGACCUUUCUCUCCAGGGCACUGAGGCCUUCCUCACUCGCUGCUGCUGCUGUGAAGUUCUGUAAUGGUGUCACUCUUGUGUAGCAGUUCUGUGAUAUUUUGUAAUUAAACAGUUGGUAAACAGCA